AUGUCGUGUCGCUCCUUCCAGCUGGGCUCCCGAUGCGGUGGCCGGAGCUUCAGCUCCUGCUCAGCUGUCCUCCCCCGGAUGGUCACCCACUAUGCCGUGAGCAAGGGGCCGUGCCAGUCCGGGGGUGGGAGCGCCCUCCGCGCCCUGGGCUGCCUGGGCUCCCGGAGCCUGUGCAACGUGGGCUUCGGGAGGCCCCGUGUGGCCUCCAGGUGUGGCCUGCCCGGCUUUGGGUACCGAGUGGGGGCCCCCUGUGGGUCCUCACCCUGCAUCGCUCCCGUCACCAUCAAUGAGAGCCUGCUGGUCCCGCUCGAGCUGGAGAUCGACCCGGCUGUGCAAAAGGUGAAGAGGGACGAGAAGGAGCAAAUUAAGUGCCUGAACAACCGCUUUGCAUCCUUCAUCAACAAGGUGCGGUUCCUGGAGCAGAAGAACAAGCUGCUGGAGACCAAGUGGAACUUCAUGCAGCAGCAAAGGUGCUGUCAGAGCAACAUCGAGCCCAUCUUCCAGGCCUACAUCUCUGCCCUUCGGCGGCAGCUGGACUGCGUGGCAGGGGACCGGGCCAGGCUGGAAUCCGAGCUCUGCAGCCUCCAGGACGUGCUGGAAAGCUACAAGAAAAAGUAUGAAGAGGAGCUCUCCCUGCGGCCCUGUGCUGAGAAUGAGUUUGUUGCCUUGAAGAAGGAUGUGGACACAGCCUUCCUGAUGAAGGCUGACCUGGAGACCAACGCGGAGGCUCUGGUCCAGGAGAUUGACUUCCUGAAAGGCCUGUAUGAGGAGGAGAUCUGCCUGCUCCAGUCUCAGAUCUCUGAGACCUCGGUCAUUGUGAAGAUGGACAACAGCCGGGAGCUGGAUGUGGAUGGCAUCAUUGCUGAGAUCAAGGCCCAGUAUGACGACAUUGCCAGCCGCAGCAAAGCUGAAGCCGAGGCCUGGUACCAGAGCCGGUAUGAGGAGCUGCGACUGACAGCUGGGAACCACUGUGACAAUCUCCGCAACCGCAAGAAUGAGAUCCUAGAAAUGAACAAGCUGAUCCAGCGGCUUCAGCAAGAAAUUGAGAAUGUGAAAGCCCAGCGCUGCAAGCUGGAGGCUGCAGUGACCCAGGCGGAGCAGCAGGGUGAGGCAGCCCUCAGUGACGCCAAGUGCAAACUAGUAGGGCUGGAGGAGGCCCUGCAGAAGGCCAAGCAGGACAUGGCCUGCCUGCUCAAGGAGUACCAGGAGGUGAUGAACUCCAAGCUGGGCCUGGACAUCGAGAUCGCCACCUACAGGCGGCUGCUGGAGGGCGAGGAGCACAGGUUGUGUGAAGGCAUCGGACCCGUGAAUAUCUGUGAGUAG